AUGGCUCCCAAGCGUCCCAACUUCCUCAUCAUCGUCGCGGACGACAUGGGGUUCUCGGACGCUGGGUGCUUUGGCUCCGAGAUCCGCACCCCCAACAUCGAUAAGCUGGCAAAGGAUGGAAUACGCCUCACCGGCUUCCAUGCCGCCGCGGCUUGUUCGCCGACGAGGGCGAUGAUAUUGACCGGGACAGACCACCACAUCGCAGGCUUGGGGAACCUCAUCGAAUGGACGGAUUUCUCAGGUCAGAACUUCCCCAAGGGAAGCAAGUAUUCCACGGCGCCUCAGAGAGGUAUGCCAGGGUACGAGGGGUACUUGAACUCCCGGGUCGCCUCGCUGCCCGAAGUGUUGAAAGACGGAGGAUAUCACACCGUCAUGAGCGGCAAGUGGCAUCUCGGUCUGACGAAAGAACGAAGCCCACAGGCUCGUGGAUUCGACCGCAGUUUGGCACUUCUCCCGGCCUGCUCCAACCACUACGACUGGAGGCCAGAAGCCGAUUUUCCCAAGUUCCUCGAGAAGAGCGUGAUUGCCCUUCACAUGGAAGAUGAUCACUAUGUCAAGGAGCUUCCGGAGGAUUGGUACUCGAGCAACGGCUACGGUGACCGCAUGCUGAAAUACUUGAAGGAAUGGAAAGAAGACAAAGAGUUGUCGGAAAAGCCCUUUUUUGCAUACUAUCCUUUCUCUGCACCACACUGGCCACUACAGGCGCCUAAGGAGUAUAUCGACCACUACAGGGGUGUAUAUAAAGAUGGCCCAGAGGCGCUUCGUCAACAACGGCUCAAGAAGCUUAUAGAGCUAGGCAUGAUCCCAAAGGACGUCCGACCCCACCCGGUCGUUGCAGACGAGGUUCAGGGUUGGGAUGAGAUGGACGACUUCCACAAGAAGGCCUCGUGCACUGCCAUGGAGGCGUACGCCGGCAUGGUCGAAUGCCUAGACCACAACAUUGGCCGUGUGACAGACUAUCUGGAGUCAAUCGGAGAACUGGACAACACUUAUAUCAUGUUCUUUUCUGACAACGGUGCCGAGGGUGCAGCAUACGAAGCGUAUCCGAUGGUGGCGGGUGAGCUCAUGGCCCAUAUCGGCAAGUACUAUAAUAAUUCGCUGGAGAAUGUUGGCAAUAAGGACAGCUUUGUGUGGUAUGGGCCUCGAUGGGCUCAGGCAGCCACUGCACCUAGCAGAUUGUACAAGGCGUACACAACCGAGGGAGGUGUCCGGGUACCAUGUGUUAUCCGUUACCCGCCCAUUCAUCAAGGGCACAAAGGUGAAAUCACUGAGACAUUUGCUACUGUGAUGGACAUUGCGCCAACACUGCUGUCCUUGGCCGGAAUCAAGCAUCCCUCGCCCGAGUUCAAUGGACGGAAGAUCGUCCCAAUGCGAGGCAAAGAUAUGGUGCCGUGGCUGAGAGGGGAGCAACAACUGAUCCAUGAUCCUGGCGAGGCGUUCGGCUGGGAACUGUGCGGCCGUGCAGCGAUCCGCAAGGGUCAGUGGAAGGCGGAUUUUAUUCCAUUUCCAAAAGGGACUUCUGCCUGGCAAUUAUAUGACUUGUCCAAAGAUCCAGGGGAGACGGAGGAUCUGGCGACAGAGCACCCCGAGAUUUUGGAGGAGCUGCUCGCCUUGUGGGAGACUUACUGUGAGGAGACAGGUGUGGUGCCGUUGCAACCAGAACUUGGUGCUCGCUUCCACGAAGCCGUUGAGGCACAGAUGAAAGAAGGCGAGUGGAUCGAGUAUGAGUAUUGGAAGCCUGGUGCUCUGGAAGAGAGCAAUCGUAGUCAACAUGUCCGGCAGAUUGCCAAAGUCGCCGAUCCAAGAUUAAAGGAGACCACGGGAGGGCAACCUGUAAAUAUAGCGUAG